AUGGACGUCGUGGAGUUCUUGAGUAUUGCGUAUGAUACGCUGACUCGUACGGUGCUGCGAGUCCGUGACGACGAACAACGAGCGACUCCAUCAUCUACUCUACUAAGCACGGACACUGUCCUGGCAGUGCUGCUGCUGUUUUUCGUGACAUUGCUGCCCCUGCUGCUGCAUGUGCGAAUCCUUUACACCUUUUGCUGGACGGCAUUCACGGUAUUGGCGCAUGUGACGGAAUCGAAGGUAGCAUUAGGCAUAGCGACGUCACUGGGGCUUACGAUCAUGAUGGGUUGGUAUUCGCUGCGUGUGUUCGACAACACUGCAUUUAUGGGCAUUCUACAGGGCUGGUUUGGUUUCCUGAGCAAGUAUCGUCCCUUCCGACUACUGGCAAACUCUGUCGACCUCGUACUCCACAUGGGCGUACCAUUGACACUUGCGUUCUGCUAUCUACCACUUGUGCAGAUCUGGAUGACGUGCCCCAUCUUGCUCUUUUCUCAAUUGUGGAUUGAAUUGGUUGCUGCUGGCGAUCUCUGCCUUUCAGGGAAUGACAUUUAUCAGAUAUAUCCACCGCGUCCCAAGACCUUUUGGUUGACAGUCCGCAAGAUCGAGCUGGUCUAUAACCUCAUUAUUCCGACGUUGUGCGUGCUCACAUGUCAAGCUGGUAUCCACGAGCUCGUUGUCAUUUGGUUGCUCAAGCCGACUUUGUAG